GCCAAGUAAACAAAAACACAUGUUUGAUGAGAAAGUGUCUUUUGGGUUUGCGACACUUACAUUAUUCUGCUUGCUGGUCUUAUUGGCUUGCUGUUAUCCGUCCACUUUUUCUUGCAAUUUUUAUUGAAUUCUGUCUCAUUACUUUAAAAUUGGUCCAUCGAAUCAGCCGAAUUCUCUGGCGCCGUGAACAAAUAUCAUAUCUCAUAUCAUUCAUAUCCGUGAGUUUGAAUCACCAACAGCAUUCUUUAUUGUGAGACAAUAGAAAAAAGAGCAAUUGACAUGGCAGCUACCACGUGGAGUGUGUUUGAUCAGAAGCAACUUCUGAGCAUUGCCAAAGCAAAGCGGUCCAAAGCUGAAAACCUUCGACCCUUGCAAGUUCUAGCUCUGGAGAAAUUCGCAACGCAUCCUUCAACUCAACCAGCAUCUCUGUUUGUGGCAGAUAAUAUCCUAACUCCAGCUUUACGAAUAGAUAUCCUGCUACAUCUUGAAGCCCAAUAUAUCAAAGACGAGAUUAUUAUUGUUGGCUUUAACGACUAUGUCAAGCGCCUCAAUCCUGAAAAUGCAAAUUGGAUGUUGAGGAUGGUGGACAGCCUUUUGGAUGCCUCCAUAAAGUUUUUCAACUUUUCCAUCUUCUGUGAUUACCACUCGUCAGACCAUCAGCGUGAUCUACUAAUUUGGCAGAUGCUGGCCCAAAGAUGCCCUAACUUGGAGGCAGUGGACGACAGUCGCAAACACAGCAGCGAUAGAGGAAAAGGCAAACUCCUGGUCCGAGAUGUUCUGCCCUUUCUGUCUCAAUGUCGCAAUUUGCAACACAUAAAACUUCAAGAAUAUAUAUGUGACGCUAAAGAUUUAGCCGUCAUUGCCUCCAACCACCCAAACCUGAAGACUCUGUGUGUCACCUUUGAGUUGGUGUAUUUUGAGACUCUAAAGAACUUGUUCGCUCUGCACCAUCUUGAAGAACUGAACAUAUCUUGGUAUCCUCGGUGUCAUGUCAAAGACAAAAGCCAGAUGGAAAUUGAUGAGCAAGAUCAUUACUAUCGCCAUUUUAAUGCCGAAUGCCUGGAAAAUCUGCCCAAGUUACGUAUUUGCUGGGGUGGGGAAGCAAACCACAAUAUUCGUUCUUACCGUGGUCAUGGUGUGCUUUCCCUGACACAUUUGAGAGUUUGCCGCGGCAGCUACAAUUUUGAGCUUGUCCCCUGGCUGGAAUACCUUUUACUGGAUAGGCCUUCAGCGACAUCGAACUUCGACUUGGUGGGAAAACUAAGUCAUCUCAGGGAAUUAGAGCUGUAUGAUGUGAACUCGACGUUCGUCAACAGAAUUUUGGAACUUUGCGGUCACAAACUCAAGGUACUGACUAUUUAUAGUUGCCAUGAUUUUUGCCUUAAGCCUUUCCAAGUGCUCUUUCAUUGCCCCCACCUUGUGAAACUUGAACUGAGUGAGUGCUUUGGCUCUAAAAAUGAUGAUCUGCUGUGUUACAAAGAUCACGUGCACAUUGGCCAAGUGCAGCACUUGAAACAAUUAGUCAUGUUUAACAAUCGAAAUGUCCCAUCUGAAUUCACGACAAUCACUCUUUCCGCACCAAAUUUAGAAAUAUUCUACUUCGCUACAAACUGGAAUCUCUCAAAAAAUGAUAUCUCGCAUUUAAUCAACUUGUUGAUGGAAGGGCGCAUUUUGCAGAACCUCCAUACAUUGUACUUCUAUUAUGAAGACGAGGAAGAAAACCCAGAACUAUUUAAAUUUCUUUGCAUCCUCGUCAGUCACGCACCAAAACUAAAAAAAUUGGAAAUUUGGGGCUCAAAAUUUGGUAUAGAGUUCAGCAAAAUGGAACUGAUUAAGGAGCUUUCUAAGUUUGAUGAUUUCCACUUUGUAUUGGAUAUAUGUGAAUAAUGAUGAAUUAAAAUAAGCCUUCUAGCCAUCAGGAAAAGUUAGACAAAUGCAAAAAUAAAAAUGGAAAAUGUUUUUGGUUAUAUUUCAAGCGGUUUUGUGGCUAGUAAAAAUGCGCUUGGCUUAAUUGGACAAGGAUGGCUUAAGAGUAUUUUAUGAGGUUGCAUUGAAAUUUUGGGUGCUAUAAUGAAUUAUGCCAAAACAAAAUAUUUAACAAGGCAAAAAUGUGAAUCAAAAAUCCAAUCAAAGAAAUUUUUUCUUAAUUGCAUAAAUUCUUGUAUGGCAAAAAACAGUUAUGUUACGAUAAAAAGUGCUGCAAUUGAUAAAUAAAAUACCAGAGUAAUUAAAUUUUUAUUUUGUGACAUUUUUUUUGUUUUGCAUCUCUGAUGUAGUUGAAUUUAAAAAGUAAAAACUAGGGCAAAUAAUUGGAGCAAAAUUUCAUUUUAUUUCAGCGUUCAAAUAGCUUAUAUUUUUAUGGUCUGGCAGCAGGAAUAUUUGCUGCAAAAACCUUGUAUGCUUCCCAGCAUUCGGCGUUGGUGGGAGCGAUAAGUGAGGCAGGAGGGUUGAAGCCUGCAAGGCCGCCGCCAGGCAGCUCAAUGGUGUAAGAGAGGGGCACAUUGCCUUGUUCGUAGGCCCAGUCGUGGCUUGUUCCAUAAGCGAAAU